AUGAAUGACCAGAGAGUAACGUAUGCAGAACUGAAUCUGGCUAAGGACCCAAAGAGACAGCACAUAAAACCUGAGGGCACUAAAGGCACCAUUCCAGGAACUGAGCAGGAACUAACCUAUGCAGAAUUAAAUCUUCAAAAUGCUUCUCAGAGUCUUCGAGGGAGUGACAAGAAUGACCACUGCAAAGCAUCUCUGUUACCUCCAGAGAAGCUCAUUGCUGGGAUCCUAGGGGUCAUCUGCCUUGUCCUGAUGACCACUGUGGUGACAACAGCUAUUAAUCCACCAUACCAUUGUGGCCAAUGUCCACCAGAGUGGUUCACGUACUCCAACAACUGCUAUUACAUCAGCACAUCAGCAAAAACAUGGAAUGAGAGUUUCAUGGCCUGUGCUUCUAAGAACUCUAACCUGCUCUAUAUAGAUACUGAAGAAGAAAGGGUAAGAUUUUUAAUGCUCAAUUACUGA